AUGGCGGCAUUGGAGGAGCCUUCCGGUAAAUUGUUGUCCGUGGUCGACGAAUUAUACGAGUUCUCGGCUCCUCGAUUUCACGAUUUCUUGCGCAAGGAGACCGAGGAUGAUGUCCGUAAGGCCGAGCUCUGGUUCGAGAACGCCCGCCCUUAUGCCCAUUCUCCAUUUAUCCCUAGAAUCAAGGCAAUCAGAACUGUGCAAGAUCAUAUUCUCUGCAAUUUCAGUGAAGCUGAUCAAAUGCAGAAGAUACCAGAAACAUCGAAAGAAGCCCCUCCUAGCGCAUCAAAUUCUGCCAUGGAGCCAGCACCAAUAUCACUAAGUCAAAAAAUAUCUCAACCAGAAGUUCUCCCAACUGAAUCUACUGAAGAAGUGGGAGCAAAUAAGAGGCCUCAGCUAGAUAUUGUCCAGUCUGAAACGAAGAAAAAUGAUUCUUGCAUUGAGAAACUCGAUGUUGGAGUCAAAUGCAAUCCAGAAAAUGCGAACGACUCAUCGGAAAACGAGAAUGCUGUAACAGGCAAGGCAACCUCGAUUUGCUGCACCCCAGCACCACUAAAGCCGAUUGAAAACCAGAAGACUCACUCAGCCAUUAGAAUAGCCAGCAUUCUGAAAAAUCCUUCAUUAUUGAAUUCGAAGAAGCAAUUGCCAAAAUCACAAGGCAAAAGCACUAAGCCGGCUACUGUUAAAAGAGACACAAAUACUAAAAACAUCGUUGGAAAUUCCAACCUUACCCAUGAAAACCCUGCUAUCAAAAGGCAAAAACUGGAAGAUGGAAAAUCCCGACAGAUUCGGACAAUCAACAAACCUUCAAAUCUGCCUCACAAAACAAGAACUGGACUUGUGAGCAGCAGUUCUAACCUCUGCCCCUCAACUGUGAAAACCAAAAUAAACAAAGAAGACAGAAAGAUGUACGUUCGCGAACACGCACAGCCAUUCGUAUCCACGGCAGAAAUGAUGAAGAAGUUUCAGUCGAGGACGAGAGACAUGCCUAUGUCUCGAAGCAGUUCUAUUUCACAUAGUGAUGCUGCUGGAACUAUGAAAACAAAGCCUAAGCUUACUUUGACAAGACCGAAAACACCUGAAUUCGAGACGUCUCAGCGGGUGCGUAGUGUAAAGAUUAAAAGUUCAGCUGAGUUGGAGGAAGAAGCAAUGGCUAAAAUCCCUAAGUUUAAGGCUCGUCCACUAAACAAAAAGAUUUUCGAGGCCCCGACUUUACCUCCCUUGCCGAGAAGCACACCCCACCUACCGGAAUUUAAGGAAUUUCAUUUGGAAACUAUGUCGAGGGCCAUUCAAAAUGCAGAAACAUCCACGGUGGCCUCAACAGAAUCUACAGCAGUACAGAACCAUCAAUGGAAACUUCAUCACCUUACAACACCAAAAUCGCCUCUUCUUCAGACGUCUCUCAGAGCUCGUCCUCCGAGGAUCAAAAGCUCCGAGGAACGAGAAAAGGAGAGACUUGAAAAUAUUCCACAGUUCAAGGCCAGACCACUAAAUAAAAAGAUAUUCGAAAGUAAAGGUGAAAUGGGCAUGUUUUCCCACAUGAAGAAGCAGGUCACUGUACCCGAGGAAUUUCACAUUGUGAUAGAUAAAAGAAUUCCACCACCAACCUCUGUUGUAGAUUUAAUUGAUAAGCUUUCAAUAAAUUCAGAACCUCACCAGGAGAAGAAGCCUCUUUCUCGAAAUACUACACCAAAUCCCUUCCAUCUCCACACGGAGGAAAGAGGGGCACAGAAGGAGAAAAGAAUAGCCGAGGAACUCUCACACAAACAGUUGGAAGAAGAUAGGGCCAGAAUACCAAAAGCUCAUCCAUAUCCUUACACAACCGACUACCCCGUGCUUCCACCAAAGCCGGAGCCAAAGCCAUGCACAAAAGUGGAGCCUUUUCAACUGGAGAGUUUGCUGAGGCACGAAGAGGAGAUGCAGAGGGAAAUGGAAGAAAGGAAGAGGAUGGAGAUGGUAGAAGCGGAGAUGCGAAAAUUCAAAGCACAGCCUAUCUUGAAAGAGGACCCUAUUCCAGUUACUGUGAAAGAACGAAAGCCCCUCACGGAAUAUCAGGAAUUCAAUCUGCAUGUCGAGCACCGGGCUGUUGAUAGAGCAGAAUUUGAUAAAAAGAUUAAGGAGAAAGAAAUGACUUACAAGAGAUACAGAGAGGAGGAAGAAUCUGCAAGGAUGAUGGAAGAGGAGAAGGCCUUGAAACAGCUGAGGAGGACCCUAGUCCCACAUGCAAGACCCGUGCCGAACUUUGAGCAUCCUUUCUUGCCGCAAAAGUCUGCCAAAGAAGCAACGAAAGCCAAGUCCCCAAAGCUGCGUGUCGAUCAUAGGAAAGAGAAGAGAAGAGUAGUUUUUCCUGCAACAGCUACGCAUCAUCAUAUCAGGUGA